CGAAAGUGGUAACAUCGCAUCAUGAUGGAUUGCGCAAUGAUCUCUCUGUUGCUCGUGGGACCUGUGCCUGACCAAGACAAACUGCACAUGAUGGCGGCGGUUGCCAUACGCAGGGAUUGGUUGCCCCGCAUGUCCAAGGCUCCUGCCAGCCGCAGCAGCUUUGUUUCGACGCAUUGAGCCGCAGCGUCCCCUCCUGUCUCACCUCCGCGAGCUCCUAUAAGUACACACAGCCUGCGCAAGCUCCAGCUCUACCCGCAACUUAACUAUCUUGCCUUGAUACUACUGACCACUGCUCAACAUGGCUUCUGAAGAGACUAACAUCGUCGACGCUACCCCCAUCUCGCCCGUCCGUAGCAACGAGAGACGCAACAGCUUGGAGAAGCACCUGCAGCACCGCCCGGAAGCCCAGGACCUCAAGAACAGGCACAUUCUACUUGAUACCACAACAGCCCCUGCCCUCCAAGCCAAAGCUCUGGAGCUCGAGCGCCAGCGCGCGACAGACAACCUUAAGAAGGGCCUCAACACACGUCCUGACCGCGAUGACCUAAUUCAACGAAACAUUCUGCCAGCCUCGAACGCUGCGCCUGCCUUGCAAGAGAAGCAGAGGGAGCUCGAACACCACAUGAGAGCUGACAGCCUGGAGAAGGGAUUGCAGAGCAGGCCAAACCCAGACGAGCUUGUCAAGAAGGGUAUCCUCGAUGCCGACGAGAAUCCGCUGAAGGAGACGUAGGGUGCUGGACUGGAUGAAGCAGAGGAUUGUGAUUAAUAUACGGUUAUACUCGCUCAGACAGUUGACGACAGGAUGUAUACAAUGACAUUGUGAUC